GCUUUGGUAACUCCGCCUCCUCCCUCACUCCUCUCGCUAACGGACUUAUCAAAGCAAAAUACACACCCUUUCCCUCACUCGCCUAUAUCUCCUCAGAUCUCUCUCGCAAAACAACUCACUCCAAAUAGAAAAUACUCUCUUACUUUCUCUUCCAUUUUACUGCUUGCCAAACAGCAAAAAUGCAUUCCGCUUUAUCAUCUCUGUCCUUCUCUCAAGUCACCACAGUUCCUAGAUCAAACUACGCCUUCGAUUCUCAUUCUUCUGCCUUCGCUCUAUCCCAGCCGCUGAAUCUCCGCUUCUGUGGACUCAGGAGGGAAGCUUUCGGGUUCUCCUCCUUGACUCAGUCGUGUUCUGGCCGAGUUCACGUCUCGAGCCGUGGACUUUCCAAGAAAAUCUCUGCUUCGGCUGUAGGCAAUGGAACUCCUCUCAAAUCGUUCGAUUAUGAUUUGAUUAUCAUCGGCGCUGGCGUCGGCGGCCAUGGAGCUGCACUGCAUGCUGUGGAGAAGGGUUUGAAAACUGCUAUAAUCGAAGGAGAUGUGGUGGGAGGAACGUGUGUCAACCGAGGUUGUGUUCCUUCGAAAGCUCUAUUGGCUGUGAGUGGUAGGAUGCGUGAACUUCAGAGUGAGCAUCACAUGAAGGCUUUGGGUUUGCAGGUUUCUGCUGCCGGAUAUGACAGACAGGGAGUUGCUGACCAUGCAAAUAAUCUUGCUUCAAAAAUUCGAAGCAAUUUGACUAACUCAAUGAAGGCGCUUGGAGUAGACAUAUUGACUGGUGUUGGUACUAUUGUGGGCCCUCAAAAAGUGAAAUAUGGGAAGGUUGGUUUUCCUGACAACAUAGUAACUGCGAAAGAUAUAAUCAUUGCUACUGGUUCUGUUCCUUUUGUUCCCAAGGGCAUUGAAGUCGAUGGGAAGACUGUUAUUACUAGUGACCAUGCCCUCAAAUUGGAGUUUGUUCCUGAUUGGAUUGCGAUUGUAGGAAGUGGUUACAUUGGUCUUGAAUUCAGUGAUGUAUACACUGCACUUGGCAGUGAGGUCACAUUUAUUGAAGCUUUAGAUCAACUUAUGCCUGGGUUUGAUCCUGAGAUUGGUAAGUUGGCCCAAAGGGUGCUGAUCAACCCAAGGAAAAUUGACUAUCAUACUGGAGUGUUUGCAACCAAGAUCACUCCUGCAAGGGAUGGGAAACCAGUCAUUAUUGAGCUUACUGAUGCCAAGACUAAGGAACCCAAAGACACCUUGGAGGUAGAUGCAGCCUUAAUUGCAACUGGAAGGGCUCCGUUCACUAAUGGUCUUGGCUUGGAGAAUAUUAAUGUGGUAACACAAAGGGGCUUUGUUCCUGUUGAUGAGAGAAUGCGAGUAAUUGAUGCCAAUGGCAAGCUGGUUCCUCACCUGUACUGCAUUGGUGAUGCAAAUGGUAAAAUGAUGCUUGCUCAUGCAGCCAGUGCACAAGGAAUUUCAGUGGUUGAACAAGUCGCUGGAAGAGAUCACGUGGUUAAUCACCUUAGCAUCCCAGCAGCCUGCUUCACUCACCCUGAAAUCAGUAUGGUUGGAAUGACAGAGCCUCAAGCAAGGGAGAAAGCUGAGAAGGAAGGAUUUGAAGUAAGCGUCGCCAAAACAAGUUUCAAGGCUAACACAAAGGCUUUGGCAGAAAAUGAAGGGGAGGGACUUGCUAAGUUGAUAUACAGACCUGACAACGGAGAGAUUCUUGGAGUUCAUAUAUUUGGCUUGCAUGCAGCAGACCUCAUCCAUGAGGCAUCAAAUGCCAUAGCUUUAGGGACACGUAUCCAGGACAUCAAAUUUGCAGUUCAUGCACAUCCAACUCUGUCCGAAGUUCUCGACGAACUAUUUAAAUCAGCCAAAGUUAAAGCCCCUGCUUCUAGUAGUCCAGUAAGUGAACCAGUUGCAGUCUAAGCUUGUCGACACUCAAAAAAAAAAAAAAGGUAUAAAAUUUUGAAGAACUUUGCUUGUAUUAGGGAGUAUCAAGGAACCACGUUUCUCUUGGUGAUCGUAAUCUACACAACAGCCAUCUUAUGAGAAGAAACAUCUUGGAGGAAUUUGCUCAUUUGCUGAUGAUAGUCAUGCCUGAAAUAUUUUACAGCUUGGUGUCAUGGUUUGUCAAGUUGUUGUCCAGUGCGAUGCAGAGAUACCUGUGUUGAUAAUUUCUUCCCAAUUUCAAAGUUCCUUUGACCACCUUGAAAUAAGAGGCCUUCAAUUUUUGUUUUCAGUCUGAA